AUGUUAUCAAAGAAAGGAAUUGGACUGUCUUAUAUGCUCACUCUAAACAAUAGAAGACGUUUUUCAUUAGCACAUCUUUCUUGUAAAGAUUCACGACAAGUAGCACCUCGCAGUAUCAGCGACGUGACCAAACACGUCCCGUCCAGCGCCCGUGUGGUCAUUUGUGGAGGGGGCGUUUUCGGUACAUCUGUGGCAUACCAUUUAGCAGAGAGAGGAUGGAGUGAUGUGGUCUUGCUGGAACAGGGCAGUCUAACGUGCGGUACGACUUGGCAUUCCGCUGGUUUGAUAGGACAGCUGGGGAAAGAUGACAUAGACGGGUGUCGAUUUCUCAAAUACGGUCAACAGUUAUACAAGACCCUGGAGAGGAGUCAUGGUAUAGGAUGGAAACAGUGUGGAAGUUUACUUCUCGCCCAGACAAAGGACAGACUGGUUGCCAUUGAGAGGAAACAUUCUCUUGCUAAGGUAAUUGGAGUGGAAUCCCAUCUAGUAUCGCCAUCAGAAAUCCUUGGAUUGUGCCCAUGGGUCAAAACCACCGAUCUUCAGGGUGGGCUCUGGAUACCAGAGGAUGGAGUGGUGGCUCCGAACGACCUAGUAUACGCAUACAACAGCGUGGCUAAAUCUAAAGGGGUCCAGGUUUUUGAGGGAGUUAAGUUGGAGGAUGUCCACACUACCGACAACAAGGUGACUGGAGUAAAGACAUCUCAUGGUUACAUACAAUGUGAAUACUUUGUCAACUGCGCUGGACAGUGGGCCCGGCACCUUGGAGCUAAGACAACCCCUCCAGUCCAGGUUCCCCUCCAUUCAUGUGAACAUUUUUACAUUGUGUCGGCGGCUAUCCCGAAUAUGGACUUGAUGAUGCCAGUGAUAAGGGAUUACGAUGGCUCUAUAUAUGCUCGUGAGUGGAGUGGGGGUCUUCUUGCUGGAGGAUUUGAGCUCGAAAGCAAACCCACAUUUUCGACUGGCAUACCUGAGAAAUUUGAAUUUCAACUCCUUCCAUCGGAUUGGAAUCAUUUUCAGGUCAUGAUGGAAGCAUUUCUCAAUAGAUUUCCAGUCAUGGAGACGACUGAAGUACGAUCACAAAUCAACGGUCCAGAAAGUUUUACAGCUGACGGGAACUGCAUUCUCGGAGAAUCAGCAGAGGUAAGAAACUACUUCGUCGCGGCUGGUAUGAACAGUCUUGGUGUGGUUGGGUCUGCCGGGGCGGGGAGAUACAUUACAGAGAGUAUCGUGGAUGGUGUUCCAAGUUCCAGGUUGGAUGCCUACCAUAUACUCAGACACAAUAACGUCCAUGGCAACAGACGUUUCUUGUUUGAACGCGUGAAGGAGGUUACAGGUGCCUACAAACUACGCUAUCCAUAUACUCACUGGACAAGGGGAAGGAAAUUGGAAACAUCACCGAUACACACGUUACUGGAAGGAUCGGGCGCCUGCUUCGGGGACCUACAAGGAUACGAACGGCCCUUGUAUUUCAAGGGACUGAAAGAUAAACCUUUCGAUCCGUACAAUUUAGAGGAACCAACAUUCAGCAAGCCAUCAUGGUUUGAUGAUGUGGAGGCUGAGUAUAGAGCAUGUAAAGACAGUGUCUGUCUCAUAGACACAUCAUGCUUCACAAUGUGUGAGGUUAAGUCUGAUGGCGGUGAAGCUCUCCAGUAUCUCCAGUAUUUGUGUUGUAACAACAUAUCAGGAAAGGCCGGUCAUAUAACACAGACAGGAAUGCUAAACCAGCAAGGGGGAUACGUUGUUGACGGCAGUGUCAUCUCUUUAGCUCUCAACAGAUUCCUGAUAACAGCAACUACCAACCACCAGCGUCGGAUGCUGACCUGGAUGAGGCGACACCUUCCCUCGGAUGGAACAGUUGAUCUUGUCGAAAGUGAUUCAUCAUUUUCUUCACUGACAAUUAUUGGGCCAAGAAGCGAAGCGUUGAUGGGAGAUUUAUGUGACGUGUCCAUGCUGUCCAAAGACUUCCAUCCAAUGACGUGCAAGGUUUUAGAUGUUGGAUUUUCCUGUGAAACCGUCACCAUGAGGAUACCAUUGGCAGGAAUUGAUGCCUUCACUCUACAUAUCCCAACAAAGAAUACGCUGCAUGUGUAUGAAGCUUUAAAGGAAAAUGGAAAGAAAUACAACAUUAAGGAAGGAGGCCAUUAUGUCUUAAAACAUCUUCGUCUUGAGAAUAAAAUCGCUUCUCAGGAGGAAGACAUUUCGUCUUCAACAACACCAUUAGAGUGUGGGAAGUCUUCUACCGUCUGUUUAGAGAAAACUAAUUCCUUUCUGGGUAGAGAAGCGUUAGAACUGCAGACAAGAAAUGGAAAGAGUAAACAACUUGUCCAUUUGACCUUGAAAGACUUUAACAUUGAAUGCGACACCUGGCCGUGGGGUGGAGAACCUAUAUACCGGAAUGACCAGUGUGUAGGUUCAACGUCUUCGUGUGGGUUCAACUUUGACCUUCGGAAAGUUAUUUGUUUAGGUUACGUCAACACCACUUCAGAACAAGAUGGUGAAAAUAUGGACAACUACAAACUUGCUAUUGGUACAAAGAUGUACAAUGUGACCGUGGUAGUGUAA